AUGAGUAAAAUAAAACCCUUAAAUAGACAAUUUAUAUCAAAUAUAGAUACUCAUAAAGCAAUAACUGAUGCUAAAAGAAAUUUAAUUCUUUCAAUUUUAAAAUCAACAACAACAAAGAGAGAAGCUAAAAAUUACUUAACGAAAUAUCAGAAUCAAUUUGAUUUCACUAAUUUAAAGUUUGCAAAUGUUAAAGAAGACGAUCCAUUAAAUCAAAGAGAUAACCAGAGGGAAUUAUUUAUUAAUAGAUUUUUAAAUCAAAAGAAUCCAUUUACCAAUAUUUAUGAUGAUGAAGAGACAAAAUUAAAGAAAAUACCUUCGAGAAUAGCCAUCUUUAAAAUUAAGUUCACGAAUAUAACGUUGAAACAAUGGAGAGGGAUUGUGGAGACUUUCAAAAGGCUAAUAACUUUGGGAAUAUCACCAAUUAUACUAUUAGACUACGAUCAUUUACCGAAUGACUCUUUUAGACUGAAUGAGUUAUACAUGAUUGAUCAAGCCAAUAAAAUGUUGAACAUAUUGGGUAAGCCAGAAGAUCAGGCUGAUCUAAAAGCUACAAUACUAAGAACGUUAUUUACUACCAACAAUGGAAAACCUACAAUUGAUAGUCUAGAGCUGAUUUUAAUUCCACUAUAUCAAGGUACAAUACCGAUAAUCCAGCCGAUUGUAUAUAAUGCAGACAAUACAAAACAAGAAAUACUAAAGUGUGAUAAGUUGCUUUAUUCAUUGUGUGAAGGAUUAAUUGAAAAAAGAACCACUGACUUGUUGUCGGUGGAGAAAAUAGUAAUGAUUGAUCCAUUGGGUGGUAUUCCAUCAAUUGAAAGAAAACAAACUAGUCAUGUCUUUAUAAAUUUAUCGCAAGAAUACUCAGAAAUAUUAUCAGAAUUAUAUAUUGGUCACAUUGGACCAAAGGUAAGAGAUCUACAUGUUGAAAAUUUGAAUAGUAUGAAUUCAAUUUUAACUUUUAUUAAUGAUAAAUCCGGUAAUGAUGAAACAACUGGAAUUAUAACGACACCAGAGAUCAUGUCUAUCAAUAAUGAUCAAUUAAAUCCUAUCAUAUAUAACGUUUUGACUGAUAGAUCAAUUAUAUCAUCGUCUUUACCAAGCACUAAUAAAAGAACACCUCAAGUUUCAACCACAAUAAUAAAAAAAGGUGUAGAUGUUCAAAUAUUUAAUCAUGAUGAUUAUGAUGGUAAUUUUUCUAUGGACUAUUUAUUCAAGCAUAAGCUAGUAGAUAAAGAAAAAUUAGUAAAUGUUUUGAAUGACUCCUUUGGUAAGAAACUACAAGUUGAUGAAUAUUUUAAAAGGAUAAAUAAAAAUCUAGCAACAUUUAUACUAGUUGGUGACUAUGAUGGGGCAGCGAUAAUAACGUGGGAGCAAAACAAUGGUGACAAGAUAGCUUAUUUAGAUAAAUUUGCAAUUGCUAAAAAAAAUCAAGGUUUACCAGGAUUAGCAGAUAUAAUAUUUAAAAUUAUUUUACAAUCACACCCAACGGAAUUAAUAUGGAGGUCAAGAAAAGUCAAUCCGGUAAACAAAUGGUAUUUUGAAAGAUGUUGUGGUUGUAUGAGUUCUCCUGAAUCACAAUGGAAAAUCUUUUAUACUGGUGAUAUAUUUGAUAAAAGAAUUGAUAGACUUAAAAGAGCUGAACCUUCGAAAAAUGGUGUUGUAAAUAUUGGUGAAAAAUUAAAAGAAUAUUCUGCAAUUUGUGAAGGUAUAGUACCCUCUUUUAAGUAG